GCGGGACUUCCGGCAACGAAGUCUUGGUGAGCGGCUGCGCGAGGGCGGCCACUUCCUUUUUUGUGUGGCGGCGAGAGCGGAGAGUGCGCCAUGAAGGCUUCGGGAACACUGCGAGAGUACAAGGUGGUGGGGCGCUGCCUGCCCACCCCCAAAUGUCGCACUCCGCCCCUGUAUCGCAUGCGAAUCUUUGCACCUAAUCACGUCGUCGCCAAGUCCCGCUUCUGGUACUUUGUGUCUCAGCUGAAAAAGAUGAAGAAGUCUUCGGGGGAAAUUGUUUACUGUGGGCAGGUGUUCGAGAAAUCCCCCUUGCGGGUGAAGAACUUCGGCAUCUGGCUGCGCUAUGACUCACGCAGCGGCACCCACAACAUGUACCGGGAGUACCGGGACCUGACCACGGCGGGCGCCGUCACCCAGUGCUACAGAGACAUGGGCGCCCGACACCGUGCCCGGGCCCACUCGAUCCAGAUCAUGAAGGUGGAGGAGAUUGCAGCCAGCAAGUGCCGCCGACCAGCCGUCAAGCAGUUCCACGACUCCAAGAUCAAGUUCCCGCUGCCCCACCGGGUCCUGCGUCGCCAGCACAAGCCACGCUUCACCACCAAGAGGCCCAACACCUUCUUUUAGAUGCAGAGCCUCCCUGUCUCCAGGUCUGCUCAAAUAAACUCUUCGGGAAAACCAA